GCAAAGACCUAUUGAAAUGAAAAAGAUGUAAUUUAGUCAAAACUAAGUUAAACCCAAAUGAUUUCAAACAGUAUGUUCUAUGCAUGGUUAAAUCUGGAUCCAACCCAUGGCAUUGAUUGAUUAGGUUGUAGAAUGAGUAGAAGUAUCCAUCACGUUCUUGCCAAUGAAACCUUUAUGUUCAUUCCUUUAUUCACAGAAUUCUCAGAUGCCCGCUUCAACAGAGCUGAUGUGAUCUUGGACCCCAGGACAGCUCACCCAAAGCUAAAAGUGUCGGAAGAUGGCAAAAGUGUUUGGAACACAGGAAAUGUUUCUAAGGUUUCUGACUGGGAGAAGCGGUUUGACUCCCGCACAUUCAUUCUGGCAGAAUGUGGAUUUUCAGAAGGCAAACAUUACUGGGAGGUGGAGAUUGGUCAGAAGAAAACCUGGGACUUGGGAGUUGCCUCUGCAACCGCUUCUAGAAAGGGGGAGAUCACCCUGUCACCUGAGAAUGGCUACUGGGUCAUAGGAUGUGAUGAUGGGAAAGAUUACUGGGCUCGGACAGAGCAAUGGACCCGCCUGAAAGUGAACGGAAAGCUUAAAAGAUUAGGAAUAUUCCUAGAUAAAUCAACUGGAAGUUUAUCUUUUUAUAAUGUCUGCAGUAAAAGGAAAUUGCACACUUAUAAAACACUUGAUGUUGGGGAGCUUUAUCCCUUCUUCUCCACAGGAUCUGUGACUGCAGAGCUAGAUAGUUCUCCACUAAGGAUUCUUCCACUGAAUUUGGAAGACUGAUUGUGGGUACAGAAUGGGAAAGCAUCCAGCUAGCCCUGGAAUAGCUCAGAAUUAGUGAAGCCCUUCCGUUUAGCCAGGAUAGUGGCUUAAAUCCAGGUGCCAAAAAAUGAGAGAAACAGAGUAGACACAAUGGCAUCAAUAAAUUCCAUCAUGUUCCCACAUCUAAGAAGCAGAAAGAAUUCAAAGCCUAUGGAAUGUGGACAAGAUACCAAGAUCUACUUGGAAGGGAAACAUCUUUAUGGCUAUCCCCUGUAGAAACUAGUACACAAAAGAAACUUAAUAUGAUGGAGAAUUGGGGAAGAUACAGAGACAUACUGUAUUUUUCUGGAAAUGUAUGCAAAUUGAAAAAGUUUGAAGAAAUCAGAGAAUGGGUAAUGGAUUGGUUUCAAUAUUAUGAAAUUAAUGAGUUAUUUAAAAAUGUGUUUAUAUAAUGAAGUUCUGAUUUUGAAAAGAUUUUUCUUGAAGGAAAAGAAAAACAGAUUUCAAAAAUGGAUUAGAAAUAUAAUAGAUUAGAUUAUAAUAUUGUGGUUAUGAUUUGAUAGGUAGAAGAUAGGGUGCAGUAGAAGGAGAGAAACAACAACUCCAUGGAAAAUGUGGGGGAUGACAACAAAAAUAAAACAUGAAACUGUGUUUUGACUGUAUGUGUUAAAAAUGUUGAAACUUAAUAAAAUAUAAUUUAAAAC